AUGGGUGCCGGCGACGAAGCCGAGUCAUCGACAAAUACGGGCAGCAUCAACUUAACGCGCAGGUCAGAUCUCUCGCCACUCUACAAGGUGCUGCGGAAAGUGAUACGUCCCCUGCGACCACGCCUCGUGUCAUCCGACGAGCGCUGUCCAGCUGGGUCUCCGCGUCUCGAGAAGCAUCCUCGGAGCGUCAACAAAGUCGACAUCACGGAACGCAAAAUCGAGCUUCUUCCAAACUUGUCCUCGGAUGUCAAUGGCGACAGAAAGUCGGGGGAUCUGUUAUGGGUCUAUGACUUCCAACCUUCAAACGAGAUAUUUUCAUCCGGCGACGGCAACCGCGGGAUACAUACAAUGUACUACUUCGCGGGCGGAGGUUUCCAAUCCCCCCCGUCUUCCGAACACUGGAAGCUCUGCGCCCACCUCGCUUCCACACCGGCUUCGACGGGAGGCCGGGUGGUUCUUGUCUCCUACCCGCUUGCCCCGGGCUCCCCGGCCAAAGACUCUUUACCGCUGCUUCGGCGCUGGCUUGCACAAGCCUUACGCGAUGCGGAAGCGCAAAAUGGCAUCGUGUCCCUGCUCGGCGACAGCGCCGGCGCGAACGUGGCCCUGUCGUUGGGACUUUGGUGCGCUGACCAGCUCGCGCUAGCCAAGGUGAAUACAAAUACGGAGGCAGCGGACUCCCUAUCCCGCCUCCGGUCCGUUAUGGCAAUCUCGCCACCGACGGAUAUGCGGAACCAGAACCCGGCUGUGCCUCUCGCCGACGCGACCGAUCCAGUCCUCGCGAAGUCCGUCACGGACGGCGCGGCGGAGGCAUGGUCAAAGGGCUCUGACAAAGAGGAUCCGUACUUGAGUCCGAAUCUUGCGGAUUUGAAGAAUGUGGCGGCAGGUGGCAUGCGGUUGAACGGUGUGAUAGGGACGUCGGAUGUCUUGGCUCCAGAUGCGUUGGUGUUUCUUGAGAAGUGUAAAGAUGAGGGUGUGAAGGGUGAUUGGUUGGUCUGGGAGGGUCAGAUGCAUUGUUUUCCGCUGGCUGCUUGUUAUGGGCUCAGAGAGAGCAAGGAGUCCCGAGACUGGGUUGAGAAGACCCUCGGAGAAAUCAAGUGA